ACUUACGCUAGUCCAAAAUGCACCAAAGUCUGCAACUUACACUACUUCAAAGAGCACCAAAGUCUGCAAUGGAUAUCCAAAGCAACGUCCUGACGAUUACUAGCGGAUCCUCACCAACUGACACUUCCUCCAAUGGUCAGGCAGCCAAAUCCACCAAAGAAAGGAUCAAACGCUCUGAUUUUCCCAGUGACUUUGUAUUUGGCGCUGCAACUGCUUCAUAUCAAGUUGAAGGUGCAUGGAACGAAGGAGGUAAAGGCAUGAGUAAUUGGGAUUACUUUACACAGAGUCAACCAGGUGGUAUUUCCGACUUUAGCAAUGGCACUAUUGCAAUUGAUCACUUUAAUAUGUUCAAGGACGAUGUUGUCGUGAUGAAGAAAUUGGGUUUGAAAGCAUACAGAUUUUCACUUUCAUGGCCUAGAAUCUUGCCAGGAGGAAGACUGUGUCACGGUGUAUCUAAAGAAGGAGUUCAGUUCUAUAACGAUCUCAUUGAUGCACUCUUGGCAGCUGACAUAGAGCCAUAUAUAACUAUCUUUCACUGGGAUAUUCCCCAAUGUUUGCAACUAGAGUAUGGUGGCUUCCUACAUGAAAGAGUUGUGCAGGAUUUUAUUGAGUAUUCUGAGAUUUGCUUCUGGGAAUUUGGUGAUCGGGUGAAAUAUUGGAUUACCUUGAAUGAGCCAUGGUCCUUUACUGUUCAAGGAUAUGUGGCUGGUGCUUUUCCGCCCAAUCGUGGUGUAACUCCGAAAGAUACUGAAGAAACUAAAAAGCAUGCCCGUCUUCAUAGAGGUGGAGGAAAACUUCUAGCUGCUUUCAAGUAUGGAAAUCCCGGCACGGAACCAUAUAAAGUGGCACACAAUUUAAUCCUUUGUCAUGCACAUGCUGUGGACAUAUACAGAACGAAAUAUCAGGAAAGUCAGGGAGGUAAGAUAGGGAUUACAAAUUGCAUUAGUUGGAAUGAGCCUCUUACUGACUCUCAAGAAGAUAAAGAUGCUGCUACUAGAGGAAAUGAUUUUAUGCUUGGAUGGUUUGUGGAACCAGUGGUAACUGGAGAGUACCCAGAAAGUAUGAUUAAAUAUGUUGGCGAUCGCCUUCCUAAAUUUUCUGAAAAAGAGGAGAAGCUAGUGAAAGGAUCCUACGACUUUCUAGGCAUAAACUACUACACGUCUACUUAUACCAGCGAUGAUCCAACAAAGCCGACAACUGAUAGUUACUUUACUGAUUCGCACACUAAGACUUCACAUGAACGCAAUAAGGUGCCUAUUGGUGCACAGGCUGGUUCGGAUUGGUUAUACAUAGUUCCAUGGGGAAUCUACAGAGUUAUGGUUGAUAUGAAGAAAAGAUAUAAUGAUCCGGUUAUUUACAUUACAGAGAAUGGAGUGGAUGAAGUAAACGAUAAGUCCAAGACUAGUACCGAAGCUCUCAAGGAUGAUAUAAGGAUUCACUAUCACCAAGAACAUCUCUACUACCUUAAGCUAGCGAUGGAUCAAGGUGUAAAUUUGAAGGGUUACUUCAUAUGGUCGUUGUUCGACAAUUUUGAAUGGGCUGCUGGAUUCAGUGUUAGAUUUGGCGUUAUGUAUGUAGACUACGCUAAUGGUCGUUACACAAGGUUGCCAAAACGUUCAGCUGUAUGGUGGAGGAACUUCCUCACCAAGCCUACAGCAGUUCCAUUGAAGAAUGAACCUGAAAAAUCUGAAGAUCGUCGUAAAAGGCUUAGAGGCAGCACCUAGUUUAGCUUAUGAAACUAGUGCUUCCUUGAUUUUAUGUUGAAUAAUGCACGGUGGAGGAUGUUGCUUUAAAUUUUUUUUUUGUCGUUGUUGUUGGUUGAAAAGUCAUGUCAUUGUUGUUGAAUGAUGCAUGGUUCAACUUGUACUCGUUAUGUUCCAAUAAAGGAGUUGGGCUCCAUGUCAAACUUGCGUGUUGAUUUUUAUUUUUAUUUUUUUUAAGUUGUGCAGUAAAAGAUUUGGGACUGGCAUAAUCCAGUUCUUAUUAGUAUA